CCGGUUGUACAAGUAUAGCUUAAGCAGAGUUUAAGAAUUAAGCUGAGUUUAAACACAGUUCAAUUUUUUAGAGUGUUGUACAUACUUCACUCAACAACUAAACGCAACUUAAGUUUUGUUUUAUUUAAGCAGCCGAUUUUGUUGGUUUAAGCUUAGUUUUGGUUCUUUGCGCAUAGUCACCGAUUUGUUAGUUUUGUUAGGUUAUAAUUUUAUGUAAUACCUGUUACCAUUGAUUAACAUAAUCAAUGCUGUUACCCUCCAAAUUGUAAUGGAGUUGCAUGCACUAACAGAUGAUGAAGAUUUCCUAGAAGUAAUUAAUAUAAUUGGACGCAGAAGAGCAGCAAAGAUAUAUAGGCACCGAGAUAACCACUUUACAAAGUGGAAUGAUAAGGAAUUUUUAAAUAGAUUUAGGUUAUCCAAAGAUUCAGUUCGUUUUGUAAUUGAUUUAAUACAAGAAGAAAUAUCACAUCCCACAAACAGAAACUUUGCAGUAAGUGCCGAGUGUAUGGUAUUAUUGGCACUAAGGUAUUUAGCAACUGGCUGCUUUUUGUCAGUUGCAGGCGACUUUAUUGGCAUCGAUAAAUCUACUGCAAGCAGACUUACUACAAAAGUCUGUCGAGCCAUUGCCAGUCAACACCGCAUUUUUAUCAAAAUGCCUACCACAGAGGAAGAAAUGAGAGAAAGAAGUAGAGGCUUUUACAUGAUUAGUCGUUUCCCCAAAUGCAUUGGUGCUAUUGACUGUACCCAUGUGAAGAUUAUAUCCCCCGGUAACAAUGCUGAGAUUUUUCGAAAUCGGAAAAAUUUUUUUUCUUAUAAUGUGCAAGCUGUUUGUGAUGCAAGCCUGAGGAUUCAAAAUAUUGUAUGCAGAUGGCCUGGGUCAUCUCAUGAUAGCACAAUAUUUUUACAUUCUCAAAUAAGAAAUCAAUUUGAGAAUGGAGACUUUAGAGGGUACUUAUUAGUUGGAGAUGCAGGAUAUGCUAUUAAGCCGUAUUUAAUUACUCCUCUAAGAAAUCCGAUCACUCGUACUGAAAAUUUAUUCAAUGAAUCCCAAAUACGCACACGUAACCCAAUAGAACGGUGCUUUGGUGUGAUGAAACGCCGAUUUCCCAUAUUGUCAUUUGGGAUUCGACAACGCGCAGAAAAGGUCGAGGCUAUAGUAAUUGCAACUGCAGUAUUACAUAAUAUAGCUAGGAACUUUAAUGAUGCACUGCCAGACAUAAAUGAGGAAGAACAAGAAGCUAUUGCAGCUGCUGAAAUAAAUUUCGAAGUGGAAAAUGUUCCAUAUUACAACAAUGGACUAAAUAAUGCUGUACGUCAUCACCUUAUUCACGAAUACUUUAAUCGCUUAGCAUAGUGUACAGUGUAUAUUACGAACAAACUUAUUGUUUAACAUUUUUUAAUAACAUAUCUUUUUGUAACUUCAAAAUUUCCAUUUUUAAUUUGUGUUCUUCUUUCAUACAUUCUAGUUCGAACUCAGAUUUUGUCUUUUUUAUUUCUAAAUUUAACUUAUGUUCCUCUUCCGUAUGUUUUAAUUUUACUUUUUGUUCUUCCAAAACACCUUCCAUUCUACUCUCUUCCAGUUUUGUUUUAGCCUCUGCCCACUGCGAAAUCUUCUUGUUAAUAACACCCUGGGAUGUAUCUAAAAUUUUAAAAUAAUUAGUAUUUAUAGUACAUUUCUGAAAGUGAUUUUACCAGUGGUGUUUACACAAAGCGCAGCUGAUUUUUUUCUUUUAAGCAUAUUAGGUGUGUACUUUUUCCAGUUUUUAUCACCUACAAAUUCAGAAGGAACUUAGAUUUAAUACUUUAUGACCAGUACCGUAUACUACCAUUAUUUUCGAUAUCAUCUGUUGCAGAUGGUUUUACGGUCGAACUGUAGUCGUGAUCGUUAGCAAACUCUACUAUCAUCUCUGUAACGAAACAAUAUUGAACCACACACACACUUGGAAGUCCUUAUUUACCAUUACUAACUUGCAGGUCGUCUGUUUCUGGUAUUUCAAUUUCAACUGGAAGUAGUAAAAUGUAUGUAAAUUGUUUAUAAUGUACACAUUUUUUACUUACUAGCAUCCCCAUCAAAUUGUGAUUGAAAUCCCUCUGCUCUUGGGCCAAGUAUAUCUUUAAUGCCCUCUUCGGUGUCAUUUAAUGGGGUGUCUUUGUAAGGACCACCCCCAGUUCCCAUUGAAUACGUUUUAUUUUCAGACAGUUUCUUUUUCACCCUUUUCUUUAGAUUUUCGAACUUCUUUUUUAACACAGCUUCACUACGGUGGCUGUCGUUUACUACAUUGAACUCCCGAGCAACAUUUGACCAGGCUUCGGUCUUUUGUUGGUUCGUAACCGCAUCUGUUUUUUUGCACUCUAAGACAUGUUCAUAUUGUUUUACUAAACUGGUUAAUAUUGCCUCUUCUUUCGCGGUAAAAUUGGCUGCACGCACUUUUUUUUCGUUAGAGCACAUCGUUAUAAAUAAACUAGUAUUGAUUGAAGGUUAAGUUUAUUCACAACAAAUAUCCAAUUAAUUCUUUAUGCGCAUGUUUGCACGUUGCCAACAACAGAAAAUUGUGGUUUUGGUAAACGAAGUUUGAACGCAGUUUGUACAACGAGGUUAAACGAAAACUACGCUCAAAACUUGGGCGUAGUUUAGUUAAACCAUCCCUGAACUUCACACUUGUACAACCGGCCCUAA